UGUCCGUUUAAAUUGCGUCUUUACAGCUGGUUCUGUGUGAAUAAAGUGCACGUGUUAAUUUUAGAUAAUUUGUUAUAAAUUCGUUUUAAUUUGUAAUGUUUUGUUAAGUUUAAAGAAAUAUAUCAGCUGUUCAUAUAAACUCAAAAUGCCGCGCCCAUCAGAAAUACAAGCAGAAGAAACUGCUACCCCACGAUCCCCUUUAAGAAGGUCUUGUAGAAUAGUUGCUGUAAGUUCCCCAGCUCCUUCAGAAGUUAAACCAGUGAGGGGAAGACGUUUGUCAGCUGUUAGUAAUGAUGAUAAUGAUGAAGUGACUGUCGAAGUUAAGGCUGCCAUCAGGGCAACAAGAGCCUCAUCAGUAACUAAAGAAAAUGGGCCCUCUGUCGAACCUGCAAAAACUCGAAGUCGAAGAAAUUCAGCUACAACAGAAUCUUCUACAGCAGCUAUAACAGAAGAAAAAAAGCCUGCUGCUAGAGGGCGACGAUCGUCAGUCACAACCGAAGAAACAGAAAUAGAAACCGCCAAACCAACCCGAGGCCGUAGACCUUCAGUCACCAAAGAAGAAACAGAAAUAGAAACUACCAAACCAGUCAGAGGUCGUAGACCUUCAAUUACCAAAGAAGAAGCAGAAGAGAAGAAACCAGUAAAAGGUAGAAGUUCAAUACAAGAAGAUAAUGAUAAAGAAGCUGCUUUGAAACCAGAAGAACCACCACUAAGAAGUACUCGCAGCCGCAGAUCCAUGUCCAGAGACUUAUUCGAUGAUACUGAAGAAACUAAAGAUGUCGAGACCACCGAAAAACGAAAUACAAGAAGUCGUAGGGCGUCAGUGGAAGCCGCAGAAGAAAAAGAAGAUAAAAAAUCUGCUCCCAGAACACCAUCCAAACUGAAAAGGAGACUUUCGGUAACCGAAAAUGCCGUGGUACUCGAUCCAAUCGAUGAAAAAGAACAAGAACAUGAAAGUCCUACUAAACCAGAACUGUCUGUCGUCUUAACAAAACGAAAGCCUGACCAAGCUCAAGUUAAAGUCAAUCUGGAUCUCAGUGUCAUCAGCGAAUCUGAAGAAUCGGAAGAUACGCGAGCUAAAUCUAGAUUGAGCAAAGAAAGAGAAUCUAUAAACACAAACGAUAAAAAAGAUAAUGAAAAUUCUGAAGAUAAUGAUAAAAGCAAAGAAGCACCAAAAAAAGUUACUCCUCUCUCAAAUCCAGAACUCAAUGUGGUAUUGAAUAAACCGUUGGAAGGAGGAAGAAAAACUCCUGAUCCCAUAAAAGCUGAACUGAGUAUAAUAUUGAAAAAAUCGUUGGAAGGAGGAAGAAAAACUCCAGAUCCCAUAAAAUCUGAACUGAGUGUAUUAUUGAAUAAAUCAUUGGAAGACGGGAGAACAACUCCCGAUUCUCCAGCUAGGAGAUCACCCAGACUGAUUGAGAAAUGUAAAUCUGGGGAAAAACAUGUUCAUAUGAAAUGCGACUGUGGAGAACCUCCGCUUAAAACAAAAAAAAUCGAUUUUGAUGAAAACAAAGAAUCAUCUACCAAGUCUCCCAAUAAAGAAAAUGUCGAAGCAAAUAAGAAACAAGAACAUAGUUUAACAGUUGAAACAACCAAAGAAACAGCAGCAGAUGAUCCGGUAUUCCUACCAGGAACCAUCACAGAAAAGCAAAUAACUGUUACCAAUACUCACAUUAGUGAAGGUUCAGAUGGGUCCUUCCAAUUGAAUUUGUCCAAAAGCAAAUUCCAGUCUACCGAAGAUGAAAUAGACCUUAACGAUUCUAAAACGAGUGAAAGUAGCGACAAAGAAAAUCUGGCUCAAAAUAUUGAUGUGAAUGGAAAAGAAAUCAACACGAAAACUAUUCAACUGUCCGAUAAAAAGGUCCUGGAAGAUCUGACCGAUUUAGGAAACAAAGAAAUGCACUCGCAAAACGUAACUGUAGGUAGAGUAUCUAAUGUUUUCAGGCCAAAAGAUAUUGAUUACAGUUAUAUGGAACCCAUGGAUGUGGACAUGACUUUGGAUACUACGAACUUCGAAAAAAGUCAUUUGGACAGCACCAAAUUACAAAAUGACGUUGUUAAUGAGUCUGUUGAUGAAACGUUCUGUUUAAACUUGGACGUUACAUGCGUAGAUACACCUACAGAAAAAGAUGCACCUGCAAAAAAUGUGAAAUCUGAUGAAACUGUUAAAAAAGUGGUCGAUUUACAACCUGAAGAGAAUGAAACCUCAAAAAUAAGCUGGGAAGAAAAGAAGGAAACGAUUAAUGAUCAAGAAGUAAUAAGUACAUUACAUGAAAAGAUUUCAAGCAAAAGCCAAGACCUAUUAGAAAAAACUUUUAAUCAAAAAAACCUAAAUGAUAAAUCACCUAAAAAACAAACAGUUGUCGUUCAGGCAAUUGUAACUGAAGAAAAAAGCCUUGCAAAAGAUGAAGCAAGUUCUACAAAAGAAGAUAUAAAUCCUGCAGAAGUAGAAAAAAGACCUACAAAAGAAGAUAAAGAUCCUGCAAAAUUAGAAGAAAAUAAAAUUCUUGCAGAAGUAGAAAAGUAUCCAACAAAAGAAGAUAAAAGUCCUGCAAAAUUAGAAAAAAGUCCUACAGAAGUAGAAAAAAUUCCAACAAAAGAAAUUGAAAGUCAUGCAAAAUUAGAAAAAAGUCCUAAAAAAGAAGAUACAAGUUAUACAAAAGAAGAUAAAGAUCCUGCAAAAUUAGAAGAAAAUAAAAGUCUUGCAGAAGUAGAAAAAGAUCCAACAAAAAAAGAUAAAAGUCCUGCAAAAUUAGAAAAAAGUCCUAAAAAAGAAGAUACAAGUUAUACAAAAGAAGAUAAAGAUCCUGCAAAAUUAGAAAAAAGUUCAACAAAAGAAAAUAAAAGUCUUGCAAAAUUAGAAAAAAUUCCUACAAAAGAAAAUAAAAGUCCUACAGACGUAGAAAAAAAUCCAACAAAAGAAAAUGAAAGUCCUGCAAAAUUGGAAAAAAGUCCUGCAAAAGUAGAAAAAAGUCCUACAAAAGAAGUUGAUAGUACUGUAGAAUUAGAAAAAAGUUCUACAAAAGAAGAUAAAAGUCCUGUAGAAUUAGAGAAAAGUUAUUCAAACGAAGAUAAAAGCCCUUCAGAAGUAGAAAAAAGUCCUGCAAAAUUAGAAAAAAGUCUUACAAAAGAAGAAACGGCCACAAAAGAUACAUCACAUCAAAAAUAUAACCCCGAAGACAAAAAAUCCGAUGCAGAAGACGAAGAUGACGUAUUUGAAGAGAAAAGUAUGUCCGAUGACUAUGAAUUUGAAGUUCCGUCGGAAGAAGAGGCAGAAAACUUCGAUAAAAAUAAAUCGGUGGUAAAAUCUAAGAAAUCUACAACUGAUAUCCAAAAAGAAAACGAACACGAAAAGCCUGAAGAGAUUGUUGCCGAAGAAAAAAUACAAAAAGAAGAAAUUCCUAUAGAAAAAAUUAUUAAAUCGACGGAAGAAAAGUUAAUUCGACGUCCAAUUGAUGAACAAACAGAAAUUGAUGAUAAAGUUUGCCAAGAGGUAUCUAAAGACGCGAAAGAGGAUCGUACUAAUGAAGAAGUUGAAAAGCCAAAUAAACAAAAUGAAGAAUAUGAUAUUAACGAAAUGGCAAUCAGUUUUAAAGAUGUAGUUAAUGAAGAUGAAGCAAUUGAUGCAGAACCUUUAGAAAAUGAUACUGUAAAAGAAGAUGGGCAGCUAAAAGAGAAUACGACCGAGCAAGCAGUAGAAGAUACAUUAGAUGCUGCUAAAGAAAAACAAGAUAAACAAAUUAAAAGACUUAGCACAGUGAAGAUUUCAGAAGAACUUCCUAGUUCUCCGAUUAUCAAAAAAACUAAGAGAAAAUCUAAAGGUUCCGUUGUCGCAUCGAAAGACGAAGAAGACGUAAUUUCACCCAAAAUGGCGGCCAAAGAAUCGCAAGAAAUCAAAGAAACGAAAAGAGAUUCGCUUACAUCUAGAUUAUCCAAUGACAAAUCGAAGACAGAGAAACGAUUUUCGCUUACCGAGUGGUUUGAAGAGGAUAUUGCUAAAGAAACGGAUAAUGCUGAGCCCAAUCCGAAAUCUAAGAAGAAGAAGAAAAGGAAAACGAUUGAGCUUAACGACAGCCAGUUCGCUUCUGAUGAUGCAGAAGAGAAGCGCAAAAGCAAUAUCAGCGUCGAAAUAAUUGAAGAUACAGCCGAUUUGAACGUCCCGCUGAUUCAAAGCGUUGAAGAAAAUAAAAAAAAUAAGAACAAUCUCGAUAUGAGCGUCGAGAUAGUAGAAAACGACGCUGAUUUGAACGUAUCACAGAAUCAGAGGGAGAAAAAUGUACACAGCGCCAGCGUAGAGAUAAUCGAAGAUGAUAAAAUCAAAAGACUGUCAUUGGAAGAAUUUGCCAACGCCAAACUGGAUGAAUAUAUCGCUAAAAAAAUGGACGAUUUCGAGGUGGAAGACGAAAACUCUUCAUCUUGCUCUUACGAAGACAGCGAGAGCGGCAACAGUUUCAUCGACGAUAUGGCCGAAGAGGGCGAAGAAGAUACUCCAUCCGAAGAUAGUAACGCCAUCAUCGAUGAAGGAGAAGCGAUUAAUUCUGAUUCUGAAAGAUCUGAAGAUCACGAUGACGACGAUGAUGAUGAUUCCUUCAUAUGCGACGAAGAAAAGAUUGAACUGCUGUCAGGAGAAGAAUACGAUUUGGAUGAUAAGAAGAAAAAGAGAAAGAGCCGUAUCAUCAACGUCGAGAAUAGAAACGAAGAUGUAAUUAAGUUUGAAAGAAAACCAACACCUAAACCGAGGAAGUCUAGGAUUAUAAAAGUCGAUGAUUCUAGCAGCGAUGAAGAUCUUAACGUAGACGAGGCUUUAUCGUCUCAAAAAGGCAAACGAAAUCGACGUUCAUCUAUUAACAUCAUAGAAAACAUCGAUGUUAAAGAAAUCAGAGAUGCAGCUUUAAGUUCUCGCAUCAAUCAACUGGUCGACACUUUCUGCACCACGAUUCCAGACAAAGGCGGCGUAUCUAUGAAUCUGUCCCUCGAAUUUGCUGCCAAAGAGGAUUCAGCGACCACAAAGCGAAGAUCCAAAGAAAAUAGAAAAAGCUUACCUUCAACUGAACCAUCUACUUCGAAACGUAAGUCAAUCGAAUCUCUAACGAGAAAUAGUACUUCCAUUGAAGAUGUACCACGAAAACAACCUAGACUUAGCUCUAGUUUAAUAGAAGAUUCAAAUACCAAGAAGAGCAAACAAAAAAGAAGAUUGAGCAAAAGUAUGGACGGCGAUGAAGGCGAAAGUAAGAAACUCAAAAAGAGGAAGAUGAACAAAAAAUCAAACCAAGAAGACAAUAACCUUCAAUUGAAUACUAGCAUUUCUUCUGAAGAUUUGAGAAAACACACGUUCGGAUUGAUGAGCCAGCUGCUGAACGACGUGAAAAACAGGCCGAGAAGAGUGAUAAAACCCAGUACUACGAAAUUGGAAGAUUUGAAUAGCACGUGGUUGGUAGAAAAUGACGUCCAAGUUAAACCAUCGACUACGAUCGUGUCUGAAAAGGAGAUGGAGGAUUUCAAAAAGAAGAAAUACCAUCCUAAAGAUUUUAGACAGCAAAUGUUGCAUGAUUCUUCACGAGUGAAGAGAAUUGAGACUAAGCAACUGUUGAAAAAAAAAGGGGCUUAUUAUUGAGAAUUAUUUAAAUGUUUGUGCCAUUAACUACUAUUUCUUAUUUUAAGGCUGAUCUAUUUUUUAUGUUACUCUUAGUUGAUUGAAA